ACAACUUGUUGAGUAGCAGUUUAAAGUUCGGCCAUUUUGACUCAUAACUUCUUAAAAAUUCAAAUUAAACGGUGUGAAGAGAAAACUGGAUGAAACAGGAAACAUCACAUCAACAUCUGCAGAGGAAUCUGAAAACUAAAACUGAAUGUAGGCCACGUCCCAGCAUGACGGCGUUUCCUCACGCAGCCGAGGGCAGAGCGGCGGCGUUGGCGACGGCGACGGAGCGGGAAACGAGACACCGGCGACCUGAAUGAAACCCGAGAGCGAGAACAGAUCGAUGUCCAGGUGUAGAAACGCAGAAGAAGCACAAAGAGCCACGAGGAAAUGAGGUCAAACUCUUAUCUUCUCCUCAUGAUCCAGGGUCCAAACAACUGAACCAUCUGUUGUAUAAUAUUGGCAGGAAAAACAGGUCAAACACACUUUAGGUUUCCCUCCAACAAAGGAUGGUAAAGAUGAAACUGCUGAGAUAGGCUGACUUAUGUUGUUAUUCUGACCUGUUUGCUGUUUAUCAACAUGGAUGUUUCUGCAGACUGUAACCUUCAGCUUUCUAUGUAAACAACUUUAAAACAUGUGGCAACAGUUUGAAGGUUAUCUACUGCAGAAAGUCAGCGAGAAAGUUGGAGGAGCCGAAGGAACCAAGCUGGACGAUGACUUCAAGGAAAUGGAAAAGAAGGUGGACAUCACCAGCAGAGCGGUGCUGGACAUCAUGACCAAAACCACAGAGUACCUCCAGCCCAAUCCAGCAUCCAGAGCCAAGCUGAGUAUGAUCAACACCAUGUCGAAGAUCCGCGGCCAGGAGAAGGGGCCCGGCUACCCGCAGGCCGAGUCCAUCCUGGGAGACGCCAUGCUGAAGUUUGGGCGGGAUCUGGGAGAAGAGUCCUGCUUUGGCCUGGCGCUGAUCGACGCCGGCGAGGCCAUGAGGGAGCUCGGCGAGGUGAAGGACGCUCUGGACAUGGAGGUCAAGCAGAACUUCAUCGACCCGCUGCAGAACCUCCACGACAAAGACCUGAAGGAGAUCCAGCAUCAUCUGAAGAAAAUGGAGGGCCGGCGUCUGGACUUCGACUACAAGAAGAAACGUCAGGGGAAAGUCCAGGACGACGAGAUCAAGCAGGCGCUGGAGAAGUUCGACGAGAGCAAAGAGAUCGCCGAGCAGAGCAUGUUCAACCUGCUGGAGAGCGACAUAGAGCAGGUGAGCCAGCUGGCGGCGCUGGUCCAGGCCCAGUUGGAAUACCACAGCCGCUCCUCAGAAAUCCUCCAGCAGCUCUCCAGCAAGAUGGAGGACAGGAUAAAAGAAGUGUCCAGUAAACCCAGGAAGGAGUACACACCCAAACCCAAGAUGACUCUGGAGCUCCUGCCCCCCAGCGAGAGCCACAACGGGGGGAUCCACUCGGCCAAAUCCCCGGGGAAAUCACCAGCGCCGAUGGACCAGCCCUGCUGUCGAGCGCUCUACGACUUCGAGCCAGAGAACGAGGGCGAGUUGGGCUUCAAGGAGGGCGACAUCAUCACUCUGACCAAUCAGAUCGACGAGAACUGGUACGAGGGCAUGAUCAACGGCCAGUCGGGAUUCUUCCCCAUCAACUACGUGGAUAUCCUGGUGCCGCUGCCCCACUAGUGUCCAGCCGGCCGCCCGGUUCUUCCCUCUCGACCAAUCCGGACACCCGUGAAACAGCCUGUAUUUGCAGAAACGACAAACCACGCCCUCCUUCUACUUCUUCUUCUUCUGUGCUUCUGUGCAAUUCUGCUUUCACUACAACGGACCGAACCGAGAAAGACGCUGGACAACACAGGACUUUCAAAAAGAGACGAUGAGGAGGAGACUAUAGAGUAAGCGGCGCAGCGACGGAGGACUGAAAGAGACGAGAAGAUGGAGAGAUGUUGGUCUGUUAAAGCAUGGUGCAUAGCCUGGCAGCAUUGGACACCAACGAGGCUUUGGAGACUUGCAAACAAGGCACAGUGUAUUAUGUACGUGCAUGUCUGAAUGUGUGUUUCAAAAUGUCCGGACUCCGUUAUGACGAAGCCAGCACAAAUUCCUGCUCAUCGGUUACCAACCCGACAGCUUUUCCUCAUCUUUGCUUUGACUUCUUCUGCUUUUCUAGAAGUUUUCAUUUUUGUUCUCUCCGUCUUACUAGCUCUGCCUUUUAGCAUGGCUCCGUAACCUACAGAGCAACAGCUGUGUUCAUUUCACUAACUCUGCCUUUCUCGGAGUCGGCGUAGAUUUUCAGUUCAGUGGUUGAAUGCAUGACCAGCCACAUCAACGAUUUAGGAGAUGAGAUCCAGUUCCAGGGAGAAUACGAGGUUUAAUCUUUGAGUUUAUCUGUCUUGGUUGGAAACUUUAGCGGAGUUUUAGAAGACAGCAGCCAUGUUGGAUUGCCGUGUUCUACAGCGGCUAAAAUAAACUGGUAACCAUUUGUAGAAAGAUUUGCACUGAGCUACAGAGAGGUUUUGUUUUUCUGUCCUUUUAGAAUCACAUCUGUGGAUUUUAAAGUGUGGAGCUGCUUGCAGAUUUGUCUAGUUCCCUGCCUUUGCACGCGAGACUGACUCACUGAAAUCUUAACGUUUAAAGUUCAGGACUUUGUUCCAACAUGCAUUCAGUUCGGAUGUUGAUCACUGCCUCCCUAAAACGACACAUAACUGUUGAAGUAGGAAACAAAAUAGUUUACAGAAGACUCAUCGCCUGCAGAAAUUACAAUUUUCAGUAAUUUCACCAACAACCAGUUUGCCAUCAGUCAGAUUUUAACGUAAAAUUAAAAUAAUUAAUAUAGCUCUUAGGAAUACAAAAAGGCAAUUUCUGAUCAUCUCUAUCAUAUAAAAAAUGGCGCUUGAAGGAGUUCGACUUUGAUUUCUGCAUUAAUGAGAUUUAUUUGAACGAGUGAACUCUAAAAACUGUCAAUGACCAAUUCUGGCCUAAAAUAUAAACAAUACUUUAAAAAAACCAAAACACAGGGUGUGCUCUGGUGGCGUAGAGGUUAGCGCGCCCCAUGUUUGGAGGCCUUCAGUCAUUGACGCGGCCGUCGCGGGUUCGAUUCCUGGACCCGACGACAUUUGCCGCAUGUCUUCCUCCCUCUCCUUCCCCCUUCCUGUCAGCCUGCUAUGAAAAAAGGGACACUAGAGCCCACAAAAAGACCCCCUGGUGGGGAAAAAAAAAAAACACAAUUUCAUCACAACAUAAUUAAAUCUUGUUUUCCUUUCUAAUUUUAUACACUGACCAUUUCCUGUACUAUAGCAACCAUUGCUAAUCUUUUGUUUCCUAAUGUUAUUUGGGUUAAACCAAACUUAUUAUGUUUUUAACUUUAUAUCAUAUUUAAUUUCCCCUUGGGAUCAAUAAAUUAUUCUUUAACAAUAUUCAUUUAAAAAUAUAGGAUUAGGUUUUCUAUCAUCAAUGGUACAGAACAUCAGAAGGUUAUUUUUGACUUGUCAACAUAAACAUUAAAACAUUAAACGUGCCAGAAUGUCGUCACCGGUCGGAAACAGCUGGAUGGGAAAAUCCUAGAACCUCAAUGGUGCUCCGAGAAUUUUGUUCUGGUUCUAGAAUUUUCAACAGAAAAUAUAAAAAAUAUAGUUUGGGUUUGUUCAUAAAACCACAGUUUCAUUGUUGGUGGUAAAUAUUGUCCAUAUUUCUUCUAGUUGACGUAGAAUUAGACAGGACAGGACUGGUACUGCAGCUACUUGUUUUAGUUUCUGCAUCAGUCGCGUUCUUUCUAAUUGGGUUUAAAGGUGUUUGUUACAACUUCAUGGAAGAGAUUAAGUUGGUAACUGUUGCAUAUAGAUCUUCAAUAAUGCAGCAGUUUAUCAAGCAGUCAAGCUAUACUGGUAGUAAUAAAAAUAAUACAUUCAUAAAAAGUCUUUAGUUCACUUAAAUGCUUUGGUGAAGCAUCUGAGAUGUUCGGUUUGUGACUUAAUGCUAGCUACAUGUUUUUAAGACCUAGAGGUUUAAGAUUAGCAUGUGUUCCAGAAGCCAGUUGAAAUUUACAUACUGAUGAGGCGUAACUGUUUCAAAGUUUUGAUUUUGCAAAACUGAAAAGGCAUUUUUACAUUUCUAGGAGUUUUGCUAGCAAAAAAUACAACCAGAGUGCUAAAUGUUGUACUUGUGGCUUCCUCUUGUACCAUAGUGCUAUUUUUAAACAGCUCCAAAUUUACAUCAAGACUUUUUUAAUUUCAAAUAGAAACUCUUUUAUCCUGGUAAUAAUUGCAUUUAACAAGCAAUAUCAGCAGGAAUCUGUGCUAGCAAAGCUAAUGCUAACUGUGUAAAGGGUGGCUAAUCACACGCAGCCGUUAGCAUCAUAUAUUAGUGCUGUAAUGACACAGUAUUGAGCAGAGAGCUCAUCAGUAUACACUGGCUAAAUACUGAAUACCUCAUGUAACAUUAAGUGAAGUUGGAUUAGAUUGUCAGAGGGUCAUGCUUCAUUUAUAAGCACUGCUCGCUUUUGUCACGUCUUAUUAGUUAAAUUAUUUUAAAUAGGUAAUCUAACGUCUGUGGUAACAUUUUAGAAUACAUGGACUUAUUUCCAUUAGUAAGGAUUUCAAUACCAGUAAAAUAUCAUGGUUUUUGUAUUGACUUUUGUAUUGAGUUUUAAAACAAACAAGUGAGUACCCUUCAUACACUAUCCAGCUAAAUUCAGUUGAAAAAUAUUGCAAGUAUUACUUCUCUCUAAAUUUCCAGUUGUUUUAAUAAUAACAACACAGACUACUGAUUUUUGUCUUCAGAAUAUUUGCAUUGUUCUUCGGCUUUGUGGUUAACCUACUCAUUAGUGCUUUAUGUUCGAAUGACAUGAGAAUCACGCCAGUGAUGAAAGGAUUUAACAUGUCAUACACUAUUUUGGCUGGAGAAUAGUGAAACUGUAAAAACGAAAACUAGAGUAUUUUAGACAUGAAUGCUAAUAUUAUGAAACUGCAGUGUCAAGCUAACCACAGAAAUCUACUGUCAAAUAAACAAUAAACACCAUGGCAAUAAAUUAUGAUGCAACAAUAAAAUUGAACAUUUCAAUAAGAACUCUAUCUAUCUAUCUAUCUAUCUAUCUAUCUAUCUAUCUAUCUAUCUAUCUAUCUAUCUAUCUAUCUAUCUAUCUAUCUAUCUAUCUAUCUAUCUAUCUAUCUAUCUAUCUAUCUAUCUAUCUGCUAGCUUGCGUGCUAGCUCGCUAGCAAUCUGUAGAUAAGUCUAUCUUUUAGCUAGCAAGCUUGCAUGCUGGCUAGUGGUCCCUAGCUAACAGUCUAUCUAUCUAUUGGCUAGCUAGCUUGCAUGCUAGUUAGCAAUCUCUAGCUAACAGUCCAAUGUGCGACACCAAAAUAAGAGUAAUGAACUUUCUCUGCCACAUCCUAGCUACUCUUUAAUUGUUGCAGGUUUUAGAAGAUGGAGGUUUGGAGCACAAUGUAUGUUCAGUGUUUUUCUUUUUUAUUUUAUGUUGUUUUUUUGUUUGGUUUUUUUUUUCACUGCGUGAACUUCGGUGUCUAAAAAUCUGAUUUUCAGAUUCUGUCUGUGGAAAGUUUGUGAGCUGCAUGCAACCGAAGCGCUUAAUGUGUGCUGUCAAGGAUGGCUGUCCAAACACAAAAUCAGUAAAAAUACAACUGGUGAGACGUCUGUCUCAGCUUUCAUUGUGAGCAAUUAGCUUAUUUUAGAAAGUGCUAUAUAAUUGCUCCGUGGGCAAGCUUUUAUCCCACUUAGGUCUAAGCAUUCCUAUUUAAACUACAAAGUGCUUUAUGACUUUUAUAUUUUCUGUUAAAUGUCUUAAUUUGAUUUGGCCCUACUUUUAUCUGUUUCUGUUUUUUGUCCUUGCUGAUUUGCCCUCUAUGGCGACGUAUUCUAACCUCAAUGAGGAACUUGUUGUACAGUGUUAUUCUCCAUGUUCACUAUUCACUUAAGUGAGUGUCAGACCUCGGCGACUUUACUUGCCUCUGCUUAGUUUUCAGCGUAGUGUCUGGACUGAAGGAUAAAACGUAGCACUUAAACCAAACCUGGUUUCAUCUCAACCUUUCAUCGGUUGGAAGCUAGCAAAAACACUCAUCUGGGACGACCUUCAAACUAUUUAGGAAAGGAAAAAAGCUGAGCAUUGAUAUUAAAAUGCAAUGCUUUUUCAGUUUGAGUUUAAAUUGAGACUUUUUCAUCUGCUUUGGUGUGUUAGUUUUUCUGUGGGGGCAUCAAAAGAUUUUAUUGAAUGGAGUUAGCCUCUUUCUGCUUCGACGGCGCCAAAGCAGACAUUUUUCUUCUGUAGUUCAAUUGCAUCAUCAUGACGAAAAUUAGUGCAGCGUUCCAUUUACUUCACAGAAAGGAACUGUGAGCCCCGAAAGAGCCAAAGAAGAAAAAGCAAAGUUUUCAUCUGACUUGGUUGUGUAAGAUCCCAGAAAGGCUUUGCAAAACCCUCCAUGUUUUCUUGUGACAUCAGGCAAAGAUUUGCAAGAUUAAGAGGAGUGAUGAAAUCCCACAAAUGUUUUAUUAGAUCAAGCAAACGUUGAGAAGGAUUAAUGUAAUUAGUCUUUAGUAGUGGCCUAGUCACUGCCCAAGAGUUGUUGCAGUUUUUCUACAUUGAUAAACAUUUAAAUGAAACUCAAACUUAUGAUUUAUUUGUCUUGUCUCAGGCCUAGACCACAUGUAGGUCAGUAUCUGGUCAAACAAAUACAUUUUUAUGUGUUUUUGCCUUUUAUCCACACAAAAACUCUGUUUAAUAUCACUAAAAUGAUUAUAAAAACUCCCACCAAAGUGGAGAUUUGGGGUAACUCCGUAUUUAACAAAAAACCAACAAUAUGAACCUCGUUUGACACGAUUCCCAAUCAACAGUCUUAUUUUAAUAACUUUAUAUUCUAAUACAUUAUUUAAAUAUAGUUCAACCCAUAAAUCUGUCCACACAAAUGAACCUCCUGGCGCCAUGUUUAAUUCCUAACACGAAGUUGUGAUUGUUUUGAAACAAUCUGAUCAGCUGACAGGUUUUAGAUUAGCGUUACACUGCCCCCUAUGGGUUUGGCAUGCUUAGUACAACGCUCAGGGGCCGAUUUGUUUGUGUUCAACUGGAUGAAAACGUAUACGAAACUGAUUCUAUGUGUAAUAUUUUUUUUUUUUUUAUCAAUGUGGCGGAGAGAUUUGUUUAUAAAAAGACAUGGUUAAAUCUUCUUAUAAACAAUUACUGAAUUAUUAGAGAUCCUGAAACUAUUACGGUUUUACCAACAAAUUACAAUAAUUGUAUUUAUAUUUUUACACAUGUUCUGAUCAUUUUGAGAGCGGGUUAUGAUCAUGAAGUAUAUUUGUUUCCAUGGCUAAUGGAGGUGGAAGUUACACAUUUCUGAUGCAGAGUAUUUCUCUUAUCUGCCUCUUGAACCCUCAUUGUUUUCAGGAACCUGCCAAACCUUUAUGGGAUCUUCCAAAAAAAACAAAAAACAAGUCAGGAUCUCUGAACAUGUAUGGAAUCUCUGAGAACUUUUGAGAAAUCUUGCGACCCUUUUUUGGGAUCUUAUGAAACAAAAAAUGUCAGAAUCUUCCUUAAGCCAUUUGGAAUCUCACAAAACUGGCAAAAUAUUGGAAAAUCUUGCAGAUGCUGUGAAAACGACUUAGGAUUUGAUAAAGGUAUGUCUUACAGUACUUUUGGGGCUCAGUCUGAGAAUAACAUCUGUCCCAGUUUAACUGGUUUCCAGUAAAAGUCAGAUUAGAGUCUAAUCGUCUUCAGUGACCACUUUGAAUGCUAGCAAUGCCAACCAACAGCAACAGGUUUUUUUCUCUCUGCAUUUAUCUACGACUUUUGAAAAUAGAUACAGUUUUAUGUGUGUGUUUUAGCAAAUUUUCAACAGUCAUAAAUGCAGUUGGACAGUUCCAUCUGUCACCACAUGUCAUGCAUGUGGCGGCCAUAUUGGAUCUAAACUGACGUUGCUCAACCUGUGAACCUGCCCUGCUUUCUGAAAAUGUUUGCACUAUGAUUUCUGAGGCAUAAUAAUUUGGCCUUGGUCUGAUCUGUGGCUGUGUUACAUAAUGAAGCUGUACGCCUUGUGGCUGUAUUAAAAAUGAGAUAUAAAAAAUAAAAUAGCUCUAUGCCUGUGGAACCUGCCAUUCUCUGGUGAGCUACUUGUGUGUAUGUAAAUAUAUAUACACAACUCAUUACUAUUUAUUUAAGUAUUGUACAUAUUCAUUUGGUUAUUUAUUGAUUUAUUUAUUCCAGAGUCCUGUUUAUUCGUCAGGCACCUGUGACAUUACUUUGAUGGUUGUAAUCACUUGGGUUUGUGGUGUAGCGGAGAGGAGGAGGUGGUUAUUUUCAGGGUCUGUGGGUGGGGUGGAGAAAGAAACCAUAGCUGUGAUUCUAACUGUUGCUCUCCUCGUAUUGGACAGUGAUAUACUCUAAGACCACUGUAUGUGUAACUGCUUGUUGUGAAGAUGAUCUACAGUGAUAUGACAAUAAAGAACUAAAACCACAA